CACUGGAGUAGCGUGGGUCGGGUCGGGCUGGCUGAGGCCGUGCGGUGGCUGUGGUUGUGGCGCAGGCCAGGGAUGCCUUCGCCGUAUCGACGUGCCGGUCUUGGGUUGUGGCCGAAGGAUGGCGAAUGUGCGGGUGGCAAUGAGGGUUCGGCCUCUCAGCAAGAGGGAGAUCAAAGAAGGAGGAAGAAUCAUUGUGGAAAUUGACAACAAAGUGGCAAAAAUCAGGAAUUUAAAGAUCGACAGUCAAGCAGAGAGCUUUGGAGACUCCCGGGAGAAGGUUGUAGCAUUUGGCUUUGAUUACUGCUAUUGGUCAGUCAACUCAGAGGACCCUGGGUAUGCUUCUCAGGAAACGGUGUUCCAGGACUUGGGGACUGAAGUACUUUCUGGAGCUGCCAAAGGCUACAACAUAUGCCUCUUUGCCUAUGGGCAGACAGGCUCUGGGAAGACAUACACCAUGCUGGGGACUCCAGCCUCUGUUGGACUGACUCCACGGAUAUGUGAGGGUCUCUUCAUCAGAGAGGAAGACUGUGCCUCACUGCCUUCUUCCUGUAGGAUAAAAGUAAGCUUCCUAGAAAUCUACAAUGAACGGGUGAGAGAUCUUUUGAAGCAAUCCCAUCAAAAAAAGUCCUAUGCCCUGAGGGUCAGGGAGCACCCAAAAAUGGGUCCCUAUGUACAAGGUCUUUCUCAACAUGUGGUUACCAACUAUCAGCAAGUUAUCAAGCUCUUAGAAGAGGGAAUAGCAAACAGAAUCACAGCAGCCACUCAUGUUCAUGAGGCCAGCAGCAGAUCCCACGCCAUUUUCACUAUCCACUACACACAGGCAGUCCUACAGAACAACCUCCCCUCUGAAAUUGCUAGCAAGAUCAACCUUGUGGACCUAGCAGGCAGUGAAAGAGCAGAUCCCAGUUACUGUAAGGACCGGAUUAUUGAAGGAGCCAACAUCAACAAGUCCCUUGUGACUCUGGGAAUUGUCAUCUCUACCUUAGCCCAGAACUCCCGAGUGUUUAGUAGCUGCCAGAGCCUCAGUAGUACAGCCAGCAGUGGUGGCGACAGUGGGAUUCCUAGCACGGCUUCUGGGACCAGCAGUGGAGAGGGACCUUCCCGGAGGCAGUCUUACAUCCCAUAUCGGGACUCUGUGUUGACUUGGCUGCUGAAGGACAGCCUUGGAGGCAACUCCAAAACUAUCAUGGUUGCCACUGUGUCUCCUGCACAUACUAGCUACAGCGAGACCAUGAACACACUGAGAUAUGCAUCCAAUGCCAAAAACAUUAUGAACAAGCCACGGGUAAAUGAGGAUGCAAAUGUGAAGCUCAUCAGAGAACUCAGAGAGGAGAUUGAGAGACUGAAAGCUAUGCUGCUGAGCUUUGAGCUGAGGAACUUCAGUUCAUUAAGUGAUGAAAAGGAUGAAAAUCUGAAGGAAAUAGUCCUCCAAAAUGAAUUGAAGAUAGACCAGCUGACUAAAGACUGGGCUCAGAGGUGGAAUGACUGGCAGGUCCUCAUGGAGCAUUACCAUGUGGACAUCAACAAGAGGAAAGCUGGAGUGAUCAUCGACUCUAGCCUGCCACACCUGAUGGCCUUGGAGGAUGAUAUGCUCAGCACAAGAGUUGUGCUUUAUCACCUCAAGGAAGGGACAACAAAAAUAGGAAGGAUUGAUUCAGACCAAGAACAGGACAUUGUCCUUCAGGGUCAGUGGAUUGAGAGAGACCACUGCACAAUCACUAGCACCUGCGGGGUAGUCAUUCUCCGGCCUACCCAAGGGGCACGCUGCACAGUCAAUGGCCGUGAGGUCACUGCUUCCUGCCGUCUGACCCAAGGAGCUGUCAUAACACUGGGGAAAGCACAGAAGUUCCGAUUCAAUCACCCAGCUGAAGCUGCUGUCCUGAGGCAGCAAAGGCAGGUUGGAGAGGCUGUUGGCAGCAGUGGCUCUUUGGAAUGGCUAAACUUGGAUGGAGAUGUCACUGCCUCACAACUGGGCCUCUGCCCUGUGCUUUGGAAGGAAAGGAAAGUGCCAGAAGAGCAGAGCAAGAAGGACCACCAACCAUCAGGGAAUGGCGUGAUAUCCCACAGAGCACAAAUUGAGCAACAACAGUGCUUUGUGGAAGAGUUGAGGCACCAAAUCCUAGAAGGACAGAUUAGAGCUCAGAACAAACUGGAAUUUGACCAGGCGCACCUCAGUCGGCAGAUAAAAGACAACCAGCAGUGGCUACUCAGAGAAGAGACCUGGCUUUCCAACUUACAGGAGCAGCAGCAAGAAGACGACUGUGGAGAAGAGAAAGAACUUGAGGCCCCUGUGGCACCUGAUGCUUGGCUUCCAACAGCUUUUGAGACUAUACCGUCCUCGCUCGUCAGAAGCCAGAAGAGGGUGGAGCAGCUGCAGCUCUUACGGAGACAUACUCUUCGGGCAGCAGAGCAGAACAUCUGGAGAAAAAGGGUCUCAUUCCGGUUAGAGAGAAUUAUCAAGAAGCAGAGGCUGCUGGAGGCCCACAGGAGACUGGAGCAGCUCAGGGCAUUCUACUGGCUCCAGGAUGACAGUACCUUAAAGUCACCAAGCCAGGUCCCCAGCUCUAUUGCUCCAGGCUCAGGGCCUCCUCAACGUAGAAGCAGAUGGAGAACUUGCAGCCCUCUGAGCCUCCAAAGACUCUGCAGCCAGCACUUGCCCCAGCUACACAGUGCCUUCCUGAACCAGGAUCCUUCUUCUAUGUCACCACCUGUGCCUGACCCUACUCACCAAAUACCAAAAGAAACCUCAUCAGCAGAUUCUGUUCCUCAGGCUGCUGCUUACCCACCAAGAACAGGGUGUCUGGACAGGAACAGCCUCUAUCCAUUGAGCUGGAGGAAGCUCUAUCCAGCCAGGGGAGUUUUGGCUGGGAAGACAGUCUCUACCCUAGGCACCUCUCUCCUGUUGAGCUGCAAGUUUGUCAAUAACAAGGAAAUUGAAUCAGGGGGUAAGCAACCCUGUCAGAUGGCAUCCGAGGGCUUAGUCACUCCCUGCCAGUCAACUAAGAAGCUAAAGCCAAGGGAUGGUUCAAGGACCUUCAUCCCUACUGCCCAGACCAAAAGGGCUAAAGGACUAUCAGCCUCUGGCAACACACAAGCUUGGUGGCAAAAAGAAGGGAGCCAUAGGACCUACAAGGCUACAAAGGGAGCCAGCUGCUACUUCACUUAUUCCAGUGGACACAAGAAAACAGCCGGGCAUGGAAAAGCAGCCAAGACUUUUCAGGCAGAAUCCAAAGCACCACCUCCAAACAGGGCAUCAAAAAAGCAUCAGAGGGUGCUGACAGCUAGGGUCAGAGACAUUGCCAAAAAGUUCUCUCAUUUGCCUCAUGGCAGUCCUUUGAAAAGAUAUAGUAUAAGGGAUCUAGACACCAUAGCCUCUCUCACAGAUUCCAGCCCUACAGUAGAUCAUGCAAGGAAAAAAGACAAUAAUUUAUCUGCUAAAACAGAUAGUAAUUACUCAGUGGAUUCUCUCUCUUAUGUAUAUGCCAAAGGCCCAAAGGAGCUUCUGAAGUCAGAGAACCUUCAGGGAAAGUGGGCUCCUCAAGAGCCAGAGAACUCUAAAAGUGACAAUAGCCAAAUAUCUGAGGAUUCACUUGCUGACAAGGGGCACCAAAGCCCCAAAGAAAGCUCAUGGGGAGAUCAUCCCACCAAUGACCAUGGCCGUCCAAAGACCAGAACUUCAGCAUUUGUGAGGGGCCUCUCCAUGCCCUCAAAUAGUGGCCUACAUACUCAAGCUCAUAGGAGUUUUUCCCUGGAUAGCCUGAUCGAUGCUGAGGAAGAAUUGGACGAAGAUCAGCAAGAGGAGCCUUUUCUUGGUUCAGCUGAUGAGAUGCCUACAGAGACUUUUUGGCACCUGCAGAAUACUACCCUGCCCGCAAUGGACCAGGAGGCAACAUGCAGGCCUGGCCGCAUCAACCAUAGAAUAGGAGUUAGGUUGAAUGCCUUUCUGCCAAUGAGCAAUUCAUUUUACCUUGGUCCUCAGUUCCAGCCCUGUGGUAAGCAGCCUGAGUCAGAAGUGGAGAUAAGCUACUCUGAACGACCCAGCUCUCUCUCUCAGCUUACAAGAGAGAGCCCACUGGUGUCUGUUGAUUCUUGGUUUUCUUGUGACUCUAAGAUACUUCCUGGUAGCCCCCCGGGAAUUGUUGAUUCUUCAUGUCCAAGUCCUGAUGUCCAUGAAGUUCAGACCUGUGGUGAGGAGAGGCCUGGAUACUGGCUAAAUAUUGAAAAUGUAAAGCCAUCAGGUAAUGUCCUGCCAUGUAGCUCCAAUCUGCCCCAGGGCAGUGCUGAGCCACCUUGCAGUUCGGGAGACGUGUACACAACCUCUGUUUCCAAAAUAUCCAAGCCAUCGAUUUGGGGAACUCAAAGGUUUCUUAAGCCAGGAGCUGUUGGCAUCUUUCAGGGCAGGGAAAUUCCCAACACAGCCCAACAGGGCAUCUCUGAAGGUUCUGGUAGUGUGCUGGCUGCUUCUGCCACCUCAUUCACUCAUGUAGGUGAUAUUCAUGGAAAGGACUGGGCUGCCCUUCAGCAAAAGUGUCUCCUUGAACUCUCUCACUCUGUUUUGGAAGCUACAGGAAGGCCCCAGUCAACUUUCCCCUUCCUUGAGGAAGACUCUAGUUCCCUGGCUGAAGCUUCUGAUAGCGUAGAUACUCAGGUGCCAGUUGGCCCUGGGGUAUCUAGCAAUUUUGAUAUCAGUUACUUUCCAGUCCACUUAUCCAAAAGCAGGCAUUUGAGAGCAGAGAAAGAGCAGGAUAAUUUGAGUGCCAAAUUGGAAAGCACGUCCGAUUUCCUCAGCACUAGUGAGAAAGAGGUGAGUUUUAAUGGAGCGUAUUCAGCAGACCUGGAAUCGCUGACUUCUGGAUCUAUAAAUAUGCAGGCCUGUAUGUCAGGGAACAAGAUACCACAUUCCAUAACAGAAGCAUGUGAAAUCAAGCAGGACAACUUGGAAGAGUGCCUUCAGGGUAGCAGCAACCCUAGGCUGAUGACUUCCUCUAAGGAGUAUUUCUUCCAGAAGAAGGUUUAUCACAGUGUCACUAUAGCCACCAAAUCAGACCAUUGGCCCCAAGAGCAGGCUCCACUCAGGAAAAAUACUGCCAUUCAGCCAGGAGAAUCGGGCCACAACAGCCGUUACUCCCUACACGAAGGGAAAGCAACUUGCCAGGAAAGCUCCAAGGAAGUAGCUAGAAGACAUGUAGAUGCUUGUUUUACUUUUCCAUCAAGUCCAGAGUUAGACUUCCACUCUGCUUCCUGGAUUCCUUUCCCACAAUCCCUGCAGCCACCUCCCUUGGAAACAUUCUAUAUAACCCAAAGCAGGGAUGCCCUGACAGAAACUGCCUUAGAGAUUCCAGCUUGCAGAGAAGAAUGGGUGCCAUCCCCACCCCACAGGGAAGCCUGGGGCUUUGCUCACAACUGUCAGGUGUUUCCAAAAGCUCGUUUGAAGGAUAAUUUUCCAGUGUUGUCACAAAGCCAGAAUUCCAAGAUUGCCUCAUCUCAGCAGGUGACAACAAAGAGGCCAACUGACCUCAACACUGGGGUAGUUACCGAAGAAUUGGAAAAAUGCCCUAGAAAUAUUAAAGAGGAAGAAAACCAUGAUUCUGUUUACUGUUUUGUUGCUCAUAACAGAUAUCAUUUCCCUUCUACCAGCCUAAAAGGCCAUGAAUUUGAAAAUCAAGUUGGAAUUUCAAAUAAAAAGUACAAUCUUCCAGUACAAAAGGAAGGAGAACAGGCCACAGCCCAAUCUCAUUGCAAUGGUGCCUUUGACAGCUGUGAAUCUGAAAAGACUUUCCUUUUCAUUUGUGAUUCUGAGGCAUGUGGGGAAGAACAGAAUGUGUUCCUGCCACAGAUAAAGGCCUAUGGUAUACACAGUCAGAUUUCUCAUGGAGCCAGGUCUGGUUUCAUCAGUAAAACCACCAGUUUAAACGGCCUGGAAAAGGACAUACCAGGGGAGGCUGCUGUUUCUUUAAAGUCCAGAUCAGUCCACCAUCAAGUAAGCAGCCCUGUGACUAUGGAAGCAGAUGAGAGUCCAUCCCACAAGUGGGAAGAGGGGAAUGAAACUGGGCUUCUCAAGGAAAUUGUUCUUUCCAAAGAUAGGCCAGAAGAGUUCAAUCUUCCAGGGACUAUGUCUGCCUAUGAAAGAUUCCAUCCAGUUACAUGCUCUCAGGAAAGAAAUCCAGGUGUAUUCAAGGUCCAUGUAUGGUCACAAGAAAUGAUAAACUCCAAAGAAGAACCUUUAGGAGAGAAACAGAACAAAAGAGUUAAUAAUGCUGAGGAAAUGGCUAGGCUCAUUAAGAGUGUAAUGCAGCUAGAAAAUGACAUCUUAGAAAUUGAAUCCAAGCAAAACAAGCAGCUUCAUACUUCCCACAUACCGGGAGUCAGUAAGGAGUUUGUGUUUCAGGACCUGCAGGACCAGGAGAGGGCUGACCAUGUCCUGAUGCCAGGCAGCUCCAGAAACCAUUUGGCCUUUGGGGAUCAGCCAUCUUUUCCAAGACAGAUGGAUGAUGGUAUCUUUAGUGAUAGUGAAGCUGAGGAAGUGGAGGGAAACAGUACCACUAGUAAUGAUACCGAAGUCAAGAAAAUCAUACAAAACCCCUUCAGGUCAAGGGAAUGUGCACAAAAUAAGCCAUCUAUGAGCAAGCACUCCCAUCCACCUGGAGUGCACAGACCUGCUAGAGGCACAUGUGAUUCUUUAGGGAAGCAGACAGCUCUCAGAGAGUCUGCCAAAAAGUUCCUUCACCCAAGGAGAAUGGAAGCAUUGGCUAGAGCUCUGCCAUUGCAGCCCAGGGUAGAGAGAACUUCUGAGGAAGAUGGUGAACUGUUAAAAAUAUCAGCAAAUCCCAAGGAGCAGACUUGGGCUUUGGAAAGUCUUGAGGAACCAAAGACUGUAAAAAGUUUUCAGGAAAGUGAAAUUGCCGAAAAUUCAAGUAGUUCAGAGUCAGAGGAUGCAAAACCUCAAGGCAGGGUUGAAGAAACAACUGUGGAAAGGGAAGGGAACCUACAGGAAGAAAAAAGUAUGGUCUCAUCAACCCAGAAACUUCCCAGUCCAAGCCAGCACUACAAGGGCACAUUUUUCAUGCAGGAGACCGUUUCCCCAUUCCUAAACCAGACAGGCUUCUCUACAGCUCCUCAUCAUCAAGAACUGAGUAGUUCCUUGCCCUUGCAUUCUCCAAGGCCACCAAGAAGCUCUGUGAGCAUCUCUGAUACUAAAGGCAUGUCUUCAUUUGAGCACAUGCUAGAUCCCACAUUAUUGAAAACUUGCAAAAGUCCUUUGGCAACUGAAUUAGGGCAUCAGGACCAGAGUAGGAAGACCAGAAGCAGUAACUCCCAUGGAAAUGCUAGUGAGGAUACCUCUAUGACUCAUGCUGCCUGGUAUAGAUCUGUGAUACCCAUGAUCGUGGGAUCUGAUGGUCAGUCUGUUACAUCAGGGAGCAUUCUACUGAAGACAGAGGACUGGCUAACAGCAAGCACCAACCCCCAAGACCAAAGAAGGGACCCCAGAGUCACUUCAAUAAGCUUGACUACCCAGGAAAGCUUAGAUUCUGAAGCUGAGGCAACUGUACAAAAAGAAAUAAGAGCUGGUUCCUUGAACAGGAUCUCAAGGCAGACUGAAAAGAGGGUCAGCUUCCUCUUAGAAGAUGAUGAUGACCAGGGUGAGGAGGCAAGGCAGAAGGCAGAGAAAGAGCCUGAGGACCAACAACCUAUCAGCAGUGCUUGCUUAACACCUACAUCUCUACCAAGGGUGUCUGAUCCAGAGCCCAGGAUACCAGACUCUUCUGUCCAUGCAUCCAUAUGUCUGGCUAUCUUGGAGGAGAUCAGACAGGCAAAAGCACAGAGGAGGCAGUUUUGUGACUUUAUACCUGGGGGGACAGCCCUUCCUUACUAUGAAACAUCACUAGAACAUGAAUAUGUUUCAAGGGCUGCUCGUGGGCCCCAAUGGCAAAUGGACAAGUUAGGGUCAGAUAGCACCAGAAAUGAGGGUGAAACACAAGGAUUGCAUGUAGCAUCUCCAUCUGCUGUGUCAGCAUACAUAUUGGCUGAUAAGAGGAAAAACCAAGCCAUACCCCUCUCUGCAAGCAGCUUUCAGCCUCUGCCCAAUCCUGAAACUGACAGAAAGCCACAGCAUCAUUCACUGGCUUCCUCUCACACUGACCCUGAUCUAGACCAAAGACCAUGUACUGGAGAACCAAGUCAUUUUCAGGGAGCAAAUGGAUGGUCUAGUUCUUCUGAAGUUGUGGGAAAAAAGAAAAAAACACCCAGAACCCUGUCCUCUGCUGAUCCUUUGGCCUCAGACAGAUUUCUUUCUUUACCAACUGAAGAGCACGACAAGAGGGUAGGAUCAAAGAAAGUGUUUACCUUAUCUUCUCAAGCUUCUUGUGAUGAUCCUGGCAGGAUUCUACAUGGGCGAGGUCAGUUAGCUACAUGGGAAACUGUAGAGAGAACCUCUGAUGGUCAGGACAACAGCCCAGGGCAUCAGGAACCUAAACAGCUAGACAGCACAUAUGGAGGAAGCUCAGGAAACAUCUUAGUGGCUGCACAGGAAGGAAAAACAGUUCAUUCUGUAUGUCAGUCUGUGAUCUUUAAUACUGACAAUUCUACAAGCCUUUCAGGGCCUAAGCAAGACCAUGUUCAAUGCUCUGAGGCUUCCACUGGCUUAGAAGAAGGGAGGGCAAGUCCAAAACAAUGCGCUAUUCAGCCUGGAGCUCUGAGAAAGGUUGAACUAGAAGCUCCUGCAUGGCAGCAUAUCAGGUGGGAAAAUGUUGAGUCUGGGCUGGCAGAAGCCUGUGGAACUGGCAACAAAAAUCCCAUACCAACCCCACUGCCAGAUCAAAGACUUAGCCUAUAUCCUAGUGGAGUUACAGAAGAGGCCCCAGGCCUAUGCCCAAAAGAGACUUUAGAUUGCCUUGACUUCUUAAGGAGCGCUGAAGGCAGCAAUCCACUUAGCUCAUCUAAAAGGGAGGAAGAGAACAGGACUAUUCCUUGUCCACAACUGUGUGAUUCUCAACCCACUGCUAUUAAUACCUGCUGCUCCCAUUCUUCCACUUGGCCAUGUUAUAGAGAUGGUGUUCUUAGGGGGGGGACUUUCAGGGCUGCUCCACAUUCUGCCUACUCACCCUCUGUAGUACCUUCUAGAAUCUGUGAAAUGAAUGAAAUACAAGAGAGCUUUUCUAAGGAAUCUCAUGUGCUUUUCACACAUGAGCUUGAGCAAAAAUACAUUACUGUAGAACUUGGACCUAUAGACUACAGCAGUCUUGAGCCAUCUGCUGUAGCUGCUGUCUCUUCUCUGGCUCAAGGCUGCUGCAGCUCUCUUUCCACCUCUGAUGUGAGGGCAAAUUCCAUCAGCCACUCACCUGGUGGUAGAAGCUCAAGGUCAGUAGCAGGUUCUGAGAAAAAGACUGCUGAGGAGAAAGCCAGCACUGCCUCUGAGGUAGUUUUUUCAACCAGUCCUACAGGGAUGUACUGCAAGUCACUGAGGACUUUGAAGGGUAUACCUACAGGUGAAAAUGGACAGGCAUCUCAAAACAAGCCAGAACCAACUGUAGGGACUCAUGGACCACAGACCCUAAAUUUAAGUGGAGGAUCUGUUGAGGGUGAGCUGGUGGUAAAGGCAUGGUACAGACAUUUAGAAAACACCAUCACAUGUCUUUCAGAAAAGACACAACCUUCCACUCAGGCCGGGGAUCACAGUUGCUUGGAUCCCCAAGCCAAGUUUGUAGCAAGGUUAAAAUAUACCUGCCACCCUCAGAUUGGCAGUUUAUGGGAGGAAGAAGAGCAACAGAGAGAUCAGGCUUCAGGGAGGCCUAAUGAAUGUCAUGCCCAAGGGAAGAAUCCUUUACCUUCUGGUGUAGGUAGCUUGGAUGACUGUCGGAUUAGAGAUGCUGAGCGAGAAGAGAUGGCUGUGACCAAGUCUCCCAUAUCCCAGACUGUCUUACAAGGCUUUGAAGACCCAGCUUCUCUGCCAUUGAAACAAACUGAAGUGCCACUGCCUGCUGCUCAGAGGCCUGCCCAACUCUUCUCUGGAAGGGAACAGUUGGCUCCCUACCACAGAUGCUCACUUCCUGUGAUUGCGAUCUUCUCUGGCUCCAAACAUGCCAGGUCCUCCCCUAGACCUCAGUUCUCAGCGAUCAGCUCAUCUCGCUCUCUUCAGGAGCUAAACUUGAGUGUACAGCCUCCUCCAACAGAUGAAGAUGCACAGUGGCCAAACAGAUUGUGGAGCCCAUGUCUCAGGGGCCACCAUUCCUCAGAAAAGUCAGUGGCAAGGAUAUCUUCAAAGACUGAGGAUUGCAGUCAGAAAGACUCAUCUAACUUGGACAAUAGCCCUGCUAACCAAAGACUCCUAAAACCUGUUACCCCUCCUUAUCCAACAUCUUCCACUGUCUCAUGCAUGCCAAUCCCUGAUUUCAUGACCAACUGGAUGCCUGGCACUUUGGAACAGGCCCAUCAAGGAAAUACAGAGAAACUGAGUGUCCAGGGUAGGCCAGGGAAUCAGCACUCUCAGGUGGACAAAGGAAUGCUACAAGUUGGUUCCAGUGACAUCAAUCCCUGCAUCUUACCCUGGUGUCCACAGGGGCCCAUGCAUAUUGGAUGGAAGCAAUAUGUGUUUGGAAGUGCAGUUGAUGUCACCUGUAGCCAGGAACCCCAUGGCUUGACCCAGUACUCUAGCAUGAACAAUGGUCUAGAAGAUAAGAAAUUCCCACCUCACCCCCAUCACAGCAUUUAUACCCAAACCCAGGACCUAUCAAGCAUACACAAUAGCAUUGAGAAUGCCCAAAGUUCAAAUGAGGGCCGGGAAGUAUGGAGUUCCUCAUUUGCUUCGGGAAAUCCCCAUGUCUUGACUGGCCCUGAAGGAGUUGACCCCAUUUCAGAUCCUGACAAGAGUCUCCCACUCAAAGAUCCUUCUGAUGAAGCAAGCUGUCUAAGGAGUGAGCUGCCUCUGGCUGGAGGCAGUUCUGCAGCUCUGGUGGAUGAGAUUGUACUGCUAUACCCAUCAGAGACAGGCUGCCCUGUGAGGCAGGCCAGGAUGAAUACCUUUGAGCAGGGCACACAGACCCUGGGCAGCAGACUCCACUGGAGUUGCACCAACAUCUCUGUUCAGACUGAUGCCAAUGCAAUGUCAGCUUCUGAGCUUGCCUCCUGGACCAGCAUGCACAACCUGUCUCUCCACCUCUCACAGCUCUUGCACAGAACCUCAGAGCUGCUUGGGAGUCUUUCCCAGCUGAAUGUGACCCAAAAGGAUCAAAACACCAAGAGUGACUCCCCAGAUGAGGCCCCACAAGUCCUUAUGAUGGAUGGUGCUACUCAGACUACUAUGGAUGAGGGCAUCCAGACUGACCUGGCCUUACCACCUCUGUCCCUCCAGGCUCCAGAAGUCAAUGUAAUCUUUGAAGUGUUAGACUCAGGAAUCAUGACCAUAGCUCAAGAAAUUGUGGAUGUCCCAAGAGAGAUAUUUCCAAAGAGAGAGGCAGAGAAAACAGUAGAGCCCCCAAAUCUUCGUGAAGAAAGCACCCACUGUAAGCAGCAGAGCCCUCCAAUACGCUCAUCACACUUGAGGUUUCAGAAAACCCCUCUUGGGCAGAAUCUCCCUUCUUUGAGCCUUCUAGCUUCCCCCAGUGCUUCCCUGCCUCCUAGCUCUCAGCCUGAAGAAUCUUGUGUGAUGGUCAAUGGUCCCAGCAUCCCUCAUUCCCCAGAGCCCUCCUUCAGUGCUUCAGAGUUCACCCAGGAGCCAAGUGUCCAGAAGAAGCUGGGCCCUGCAAGUGCUCUGCUGGUGGACAGGGCCUCCUCUCCAGUCCUCACAUUUAGUCCCAGCACCCAAGAACUGAGUAACCCCUUAACCUGUUUGACUCUCUCCCCUCCCUUGGCUUACCCCCUUGAAGGCUACCAGAAGCUUGACAUCUAUCCAGACCUUACUGUUGAUAACCCAAGACCUCCAGUGGCUAAUUUUCAAGCCACUGAUGAGUCAGAUGGUUCCCAGAAAGCCAAAUCUUUGGGUAGAGAAGACAAGAUCCCCUUAGAAAGGAUUUCUGAGGAGUUAUUUCUUGAUUUGAGCUCUCCGUGCAGCCCACAUCAGAGCUCUGGUCUCCAAGUUAGUUUCCUAGGGCAGCCCCCUCAGCAGCUUCUGCCCAAGAGCACCACCGGGGACCACGGCAGACUACGGCCACCACCACUAAGCCACAGGAGCCUGAGGUUGAAUGACAGCUUUGUGCCUGAGAAGGUGGCUUCCCUAGAGCAUCCAGUGAGCAGUAGGGGACCAAGUCAAUGGCAGGGCAGGCCAGCAAGUGGGACUGAGAGUUCAGCAUUUCUGGUGGAGCCACAAUCCACUCUGGACCUUUCUUCUUUGUGGAGCGAUCUCCAACCCCUUAGCCCUUGUCCUGUCUCUGUGGUGACUGAUACCACAGGGCUUCAAGGUUCUGCCUUAGACCCUCCUCAGGCCUGCCAACCUGUGGGGCUACUGUGCCCCAGUUCACAUGUAUGUGUGGUCCCCGAUUCUCAGUGUCACAGCAUGAGACACUUCCCAGUACAUAACCAAUUUAAUAAUUGGCGUGGAGUUCAGGAUCGUUCUUGUGGGGGACUGCAGAUCAGUGAAGAGCUAGGGGACAGCUCUGAUUCCAGUUCUGUAGACCAAACACAAAGACCCCCACAACCUUCUGAUAACCACAGCUGGGAUCCUGAGUGGUUCCAAAUGAAGCAGAUCCCCUUGCAAGUUGGGGUCCAGAACCCCUCACUGAGUAUGGAACUCUCAGAAGCAAAACUGCAUCGUGGCUUCGGGGAGACAGAUGCCCUGUUGCAGGUGCUGCAGAGCGGGACAGGGGAGGUGCUUGCUCCUGAAGAACCUGCAGUGUCCACCUGGCAGGAGCUCCAUGCUCGGCAGAAAAAAGCUAUAGAGACACUCAGGAGAGAGCAUGCUGAGCGAUUUCAGAAUUUUCACUGGACACGAAGCAUCAGUCCCCAGAAGCAAGUUGGCUUGCUGUCCAACAAGGACCUCCCCAGCAAACGCCGAGAAUACCUGCAGCAGCUGAGGAAGGAGGUUGUGGAGACCACUAGGAGUCCAGAGCCAGCAUCAAGGUCUGCUUACCUAUCCUCUGACAUUGAACUGAUGCUUAGAGACUAUGAGCGGGCCCGUGAGGAGGCCAAGGUGGAGAUUUCCCAGGCUCAGGACCGGCUAAGGAAGCAGACUGAACAAGAAAAGCUAAGAAUCCACCAGCAAAUCAUCUCACAGUUGCUGAGGGAAGAGGAAAAACUACAGACCCUGGCCAACUCCAGCUCCCUGUGCACCAGCUCCAAUGGAAGCCUCUCUUCUGGUGUCACCUCUGGUUACAACAGCAGCCCAGCCUUCUCAGCCCACCUCCAGUCCUCAGAGGGUGUGGAGGACUCUCAUGUGCCAGAUUCCCGAGACACUUGGAUAGGGGACUGGCGGGCCCGUUCCACAGUGAGGAAUAGUCAACUGUAUCUGACAGGGUCUACCUGGAGGAGCUUAGCCUACAGCUGCAGAGCCUCCAUGGGCAGUGGCUUCUGUUCUCCAUCCAGUCCCUCUAGCUUGGGCACCCGCUUUUCUUCUUCCUACCAGGAUUUGGCCAAGCAUAUCAUUGACACGUCAAUGGCUGAUGUAAUGGCUGCUUGUUCAGGUAAUCUACAUAACCUCUUCAGCCGCCAGGCAACAGCUGGCUGGAACUAUCAGGGUGAGGAGCAGGAGGUGCAGCUUUACUACAAGGAAUUCUCUUCUACUCGACACGGCUUCCUGGGUGCAGGUGUGGUUUCCCAACCACUCUCUCAUGUGUGGGCAGUCGUGAGUGACCCCACCCUGUGGCCUCUGUACCACAAGCCCAUCCAGACAGCAAGACUGCAUCAUCGGGUAACCAACAACAUCAGUCUGGUGUACUUGGUGUGUGAUACCACACUGUGUGCUUUGAAGCAGCUGCGAGAUUUCUGCUGUGUCUGCGUGGAAGCCAAAGAGGGGCACCUGUCUAUCAUGGCAGCACAGUCUGUAUAUGACACAUCCAUGCCAAGGCCCAGUAGAAAAAUGGUCCGAGGAGAGAUCCUUCCCAGUGCCUGGGUCCUGCAACCUGUCACCAUGGAGGGGAAAGAAAUCACCAGAGUCAUCUUCCUGGCCCAGGUAGAACUGGGUGCACCAGGCUUCCCUCCUCAUCUCCUAAGCUCCUUUAUCAAACAACAACCGCUGGUUGUGGCCAAGCUGGCUUCCUUCCUCGGAAGUUAGCAUUGGGCUGUAAAGAUCACCCUGCUGAGAUGUAGGCCCAGGACACCUGAGACUCUACAGCUCCUUCUGCAAGCUGAGGCAAGAAGAGCCUAGGCUACCUGUGGUGGCCAGUUAUACAGAUGGCCAAAUCAGGGUUACCAGAAAAACCUGGUCAGUACUUGGUCGCCUCUGAAGAGUGAGCAACCUGAACUCCUGACCCUGGCUGUCAGAGAACGAAACUCAACUCACCUUUGUUUCCUAUCUGUCUCUGGGACUCAGU